AUGAGCGGCUCAAACAUGGACAGCAGACUCGACAAGAUCGAGUCCCUCUUGACAUCCCUGGUUGGAGUUCAAGAGCAACAGAAGCCUGAGGACAAAGCGUUGGAAGCUCUCGGCGAGUUGAUCAAUAGACACCUAGAGAGUCUGACCGGCACCAUACACAGUCUGGACGAGUCGAUCAGCAAGAAUGUGCACCUGGACAAGGGCGAAUUGAAUGAGAAGAUCGAUUCCAUCAUCGACAACAUGACGAAUGACUUUAAUGACCUUUCCACCAACCUGGAAAACUUGAAACGCACUUCGGACGAGGAGGCUCAGCAUAAACUCGAACAAGCCGUCGCUAACAUCCAACAACAGUUUCCCGCACUCGAGGAGGCGUCUCUAGAGCUUCAGACGCAUAUUCAGCAACUGAGGAAGAGCAACAUCAGUCUUUCAGUCGAGUACGACCCCCUCGUCCGGAGCCCUGGGCGUGGAGUCCCCAUGCAGACUGCUGUCGAGGACCCAGACUGGGCUGAUAUCGAUGACUCAGAAGAGGCAGACGAGCGCAUCAAAGCGCUUGAGAGCCGACUUGCCGAGGCAGAGAAAGAGGGAAACAGCUUGCGGGAGAACCUCGACGAUGCCUUGGCCGAGGUCGAGAAUUUGAAGACCGAGUUCGUCGAUGCUCUCAACACCCGCGAGGAGCUAGACGAGAUGCUGAAUUCUGAUCUGCGACUAGAGCGAGCGCGAUCUCGUGCACUCUUCAACCAGGUCUGUGACCUCAAGGGAAACAUCAGAGUGAUCGCCAGGAUCCGCCCUGCCGCUGUGGAUGCCGCCGAAGAAGACGUGGUGGACUUCGGCGAGCAUCUGCCCGGUGACUUUUCUGACAAAUGGGCGAAGCUUCGCAUUCCCGUAGAGCGUAAGACCGUCACCGGCACAAUAGCCACAGACUUGAAGAACUUUGAGUUUGAGCGCGUGUUCGGCCCAGAGGCGACUAACGAGGACUUGUAUGACGAAGUCAGCGACCUGGCUAUGUCGGCAGUCGAUGGGCGAUCGGUGUGUAUCUUCUCGUAUGGCCAGACUAGCUCUGGCAAGACGUACACAAUGUCGAAGACCCAGGAUGGCCUUAUCCCUCGAUCGAUGGCAACCAUUUUCGACAUGGCGGCCCGCGAUGCCUUGGACUACAAGGUCACUAUUGAGGUCUCCGUUCUUGAGAUCUACCUAGACGACAUCUUCGAUCUCCUCCAGCCUCUCGUCAACGGGGAGAAAACGAAGAUCCGACUCGACCAGGCCACGUUCCAAAACUUGGAAACGCUCCGCGUCGCCGAGGAUCUCCUUGAGGAAGUCGUCACGCGCCGCGAGACGGCCGCAACUCAGAUGAAUGCAGGCUCUUCUCGCUCGCACCUUAUCUUCAACAUCCGUGUUCGCAAGGAGGCGAUGACGGGCGCUACCAAGGGCAAAGUCGACACCGGCCUGCUUACCGUCGUGGACCUCGCGGGCUCCGAGCGCACAGCCUCAGCUGGUACCUCGGGCCUCGCACGGGAAGAGGGCAUCGCCAUCAACCAGUCGCUGUCCGGCCUGAACCGCGUCAUCACCGCUCUCGGCGACGGGACCCCUGCCGCCUACGACACCACUCUGACACGUGCCCUCCGCCCGUCUCUGAGCCAGGGCUGUCGGACUCUGAUGCUGGUGUGCGUGAGCCCAAUGAAGGAGCAUUUGUCCGUAACGCUACAGAGUAUGGAAAAGGGCGCUGAAGCCACCAAGGCUCGCCUGUCGUCUCUGAACCGCGUGGAGAAAUCUACUGCCCCGGCUGCUUCCAAGCCAACUUCUAAGAACCCGAGCGCAGCGGGUUUGAAGCCAUCCAUCCCCGUCAAGGACCGCCGACCAAGACGAACCAAGAGCGCCCAUCAUGUCGUCCAACCGCACCCUCAUGGACUGGAACGCGGAUGUCCUGAGGACAUCCUCAUUGUUUACCAGAAGACAUUGAAGCCGAACCCUGCGCAAUUGGCUGCCAUCGUGGCCUCUCUCCACGAGAUGGGCUACACCUUCACCGGAUCUGCACGUCGCGGUGGAAUGUGUAACGACAUCCAGCGACGUCUGAUCACCAAUAUCCGCGCCGCGCUUACGCGUUACUAUCAGCGUGACAACACCACGAAGGGUGGCAAUGCGGAAGCACCACGAACGCCAAUGGGGCCGUUCUCUACAACUGCGGAUGGCCUUACCGCCAUUGGCACCUCAAAGCCGGAAGAUAAUGAACGAACACUUCUUCGCGCACCAGCCGAUGACGAUGCCGGCGACGAUGCUGGAGACGAUGUCAAAGAAGACGACGACCGGUAG